CGAUUCACAAAAUCCUAUUUUAUUUAUAUUUUGAAAUUGCAUUUACAUUGCAGUCAGACGUGACAUGUGUUUGACAUUCACUUCAAUGCACUCUACCAUCAGUUGAAACCAUUGACACACAUCACCACCAAUGGGUCCAAUGCCUCGCAAACGGGUUAAGAGGGGAACAGUGGAUGAGGUGAUGGUCGCCAACAAUGGCGGUGCGACCGAAGAGACCGUUAAGACAUCCAAAGGCAAGAAGUCGCAGAAGAGGACUAAGAAGUCUUCGGCGACAACCAUAUCCUCGCAGAAGACACCGAAAUUCAAAUGCAGUGAAUGUCUGUUGGGUUUCGACACCGAAAAGGACAUCAAUUCGCAUAUAUUUAGCACACAUUACGGACUCGCCCGAAUCAACGACGACCUGAAGACCCCAUUCACUGAGAAUCAGAUAAUUCAAGCGCUAAUCAAAGCCCAGAAAGUGAUGAAAGUGUUGAAGUGUCACAACGAGGGCUGCAAUAAGACCUUCAAGAGUGGUCUCGGAUUGAAAAUGCAUUGGGAUUUGUGCGGCAAAAGUGAGAGCGAAAUCACCAAAAAUUGUGAGAUCUGUGGCAAACAACUUAAGAUACAAUCGGUUUCGUAUCACAUGAGAUCCAAACACAGCAAUCGGUCACCGGAUUCGCCGUCCGAUGAAGAGGUGGUCACCAAUGAUGAGGACAAUAGUGCGAAGACUCCCAGAAAGAGAGCGUCGGCUAUAAAGUAG